CCGUAUCGCACCGCCCCGUAGCGAACUUUGACCCGCGGCAGCCGACGGAAUCGCGAGGAAUUCGAAAGUAUCGUCGGCGACGCGCGACUUACUGUCUCCGCGGUUAAAUCCGUCGGACAAAUUAAUCGUUGCGAUUGGCAGCGUCCCACCGAGGGAAAUGACAACGCGUCAUUCGACGGGAUAAUUCGCGCCGGACCGAGAGCAUUAAUUAUGCUCGGGACGUUCCUCGCGGCGCCGUGAUGACGACGGCGGGAAAGAAACUCGAUCUCCUUUUCCCGACCCUCGUGCGCGUUUUCCCGCUUCUUCUCUCAUUCUCUCUUGGCUUUUCCCUCCCUCGCGAAGCCUGAGGAAGUGAGGGAGAGUGUGUUAGUCCGUUAUGCCGGCGAAUCCCGGCGUGAUCUUCCCGCGGGUACUUCUCGAAGGGCCGACGAUGGUGAGUGAACGUCCGUAUCGGACGGUGGACAGACGGCAACUCUCGCAGGAGCGGCGCAUAUGAAUCGGAUUGAGAAAUGAGUGCGUGAAAAAUGGCACCGUUCCACGGCAUGGCCCUCCUGCUCCUGGGAAUCGGAUACCUGUUACACGCGGAACCGUUUCACGGCGUACGCGGCACCGCGUUCUUGCCUCUCAACGACGACGCGUUCGGCAAGGGGGAGAAGUCGCAGCGCAGCACAAAGAAGACAUAUUUUUUCAAAGAUACGCCGCAAAAGUUGACGGUGGCCAUAGGGCAGGCCGCUGUGCUGUUGUGCCGCGUUAAGAACUUAGGAAACAGAACUGUGUCUUGGAUCCGAAAAAGGGACCUACACAUCUUAACGUCCAUGUCGGUGACUUACACGAGCGACGCGAGAUUUACGGUAGUCGGCAAUCCGGAGACCGACGACUGGAAUCUGCGAAUAGAUUACGUGCAACCGCGGGAUGCCGGCAUUUACGAGUGUCAGGUUAAUACAGAGCCGAAGAUAUAUAGGGCCGUGGCACUGAAGGUUUUGGAUAUACAGGCAAGGAUCACGGGCCCCCAGGAGCUAUACAUUAGGAAAGGCAGCACAAUCAGCCUGACCUGCAUCAUCGAGCUGCAGGAUCUACCCCCGAGCAACGUGACCUGGUACCAUGCCGGCGCGGUGAUCGAUUUCGACGGGCCAAGGGGCGGCGUAUCGCUGGAGACGGAGAAGGGUAAGCGCGGCACCACCAGCAAGCUUCUAAUAACGCGCGCUCUCCUUAACGAUAGCGGUAAUUAUACAUGCGCGUCGAGCAAAGUCACUCCUGCGAGCGUCAUGGUGCACGUACUAAACGGCGAACAUCCUGCAGCGAUGCAACACGGCGGCACCGGCGAUGUAAAUAGGAGACUUAUUCUGCUCGUCCUGAUUUUCCUCGUCGAUACGAUGUUUCGGUGAGCGCCGCCGCCACUGCCGGCGAUCUCUUUUCCUCCCGUGCGCGCGCUACGGGACGCUACUUCGGAAUUCGUCUCGGAGACUCGCGCGGGAAUAUCUGCCUCUGCGCCGAGGCGGCGAAAUAAUCGACGGGACUGUAUAUAUAGCGCUUCCACCGAGCGCCAGGGAGGAGAUCUCUACUUCUCCGUUCUUCGUUCUCAUCGACGAGACUCCAACGUCGAGAUCGAUGACGGAGUUGGAGUAUGUGUUAACGCUAAUUUAGAGCCAUCACACCGCUACGUAACGUACGUUCGAGCCGCAGCAUCUUAAUCGGAUCUCCGAUUCGCGCCGCGGUCGGCAGGUCCAACGAUCCCUCUCCCCUCCCCCUAACUCCGCGUUUACUUGUCUGGAUUACUCGAAUACCUCUCAGAUAUGCCGCUCAACUACAAUACCCUUGUCCGAGA